UUUGACAGCUACACCUGUCUGGAGCCUCUUGGCACAGCCAGAACAGUAACAAGUUGUGCAGGAGCUGUCCUGUCCCUUCCUGCAGUCACGCUGUUUUGUGUCUUUUCAUUCAGCUUCCUUGUGUUUCUGAGGUACCAGAUCUAUUACAGUUACCCUCUGCAGUCAUACCUGGAAUAUCCCAUCAUCAUUGCACAAGAUGUCAUUCUCCUUUUGUUUAUUCUGCAUUUCAGAGGAGAAAUGAAACGAGCUUUGUUCUAUGCAGUCACAUUCUGGGGGGGCUGGUACCUGCUAACGCUGCAGAAGUGGAUAAUAGACCUGGCCAUGAAUUUGUGCACAUUCAUCAGUGCAGCCAGUAAGCUGGCUCAGCUGCGGUAUCUCUGGCAGACAAAAGAUUCUGGACAAGUGAGCGCUUUGACCUGGAGUAUGGCUGCAUAUACCUGCACAACAAGAAUAGUUACGACUGUAAUGACUACAAAUGAUCUUGCAGUUCUCAUCCGUUUCAUAACCAUGCUCAUUCUCAAUAUUUGGGUCACAGCCACAAUCCUGCACUACAGGAAAACUAAAAAGACUGAUUAG